CCUCCCAGACACCAGUUUGGUUGUACACUCACUUGCUCCGCAAUGAAAUACUCGCUGUUUCUCGUGUUGUUGGCAGUCCUGGUUGCCUCUGCCGUGGCAGCUCCUGGUGUAAUAAGCUACAGUGGUGGAUAUGGCGACUACGGUAGCGGAUAUGGCGGCUAUGGUGGCCUCAUAGGCGGGUAUGGCAGCUACGGUGCUGGAUAUGGCGGUUAUGGAGGAUAUGGCAGUGGUUACGGUGGUGGAAGAGCUCUCAUCAACUUCAACCUAGGUCAUGGUGGCUACGGUGGACGUGGAUUAGGAUUUGGCUUUGGACAUAGUGGAAUCGGAGGCGGCUAUGGCGGCUAUGGUGGCUAUGGCGGCUAUGGUGGCUAUGGCGGCUAUGGCGGCUAUGGUAGCUACGGAAAAUAAUCCUUAAUACUAUCACAGUAUAUA